AUGACUCGAAACCCUUUCAUGGUGGAGCCCUCUAGUGGUUCCCCCGUAAGACCAUUACAACCGCAGCUUACUAGAUUCCAUACCAAUACAAGCGAUAGAACUGACUUAUACAACUAUCCAAGCCCUACCCGUGGUGGUAAUGAUUAUUAUGAAAGUGAAGAUGAUUUCGAUGUAUCCAAAAAAUUUCAAGGAUUACCACCAUCUCCUUCCAGGGCAGCAGUGAGAUACUCUCCAGAUCGUCGCCGUAGAUCCCAAUUUUACCGUGAUAGUACUACUAGUUCCCCAUUAGUGGAUCGGUUUACCGCUAAUAUGCAGGCAUCGCCAAAGAAACCAAGCCAUACGGUAGUUCCAGUAUCUGAAUACGAUGGUACCACAGAAGAUUUUACUUCAAGUUACUACAGCCAUGAAAACAGACAAGCUUCACACUUAAGUGCUCCUCGUAAUAAUUUGUUUGGUAGCCAAUUGGGUAGACAGUAUUCAGCUUCCACAACCUCUACCGCUGCCAUGUCAACUGCCACUGAUGAGAAAUUGUUCAGAAACUCUUAUGAAAGCUAUGACGAUGAUAGAAGUACUAUUACUUCCUCAAACUUUGCAGAGACUCAGUUCGAACUAAAUCAUCCAGUGCGUAAAGAUUAUGUGAGAAGAGCCAACUCUGAAAGUAAGAGAAGACCUAUCGUAGAAGAUAUGGGUAAGGCAAAAGCAAUUUUAAAAUUAGAUAAUCCAAUUCCUCGUGGUUUACUAGAUACUUUGCCACGCAGAGACUCACCAGAAUUUACCGAAAUGAGAUAUACUGCUUGUACUGUGGAUGCAGACGAAUAUUGCCAAGAAGGUUACUCACUCAGAUUUGCUGAAAUGAAUCGUGAAUGUCAGAUGGUCAUCUGCGUUACCAUGUACAACGAGGAUAAAUUUGCAUUAGCUAGAACUAUCCAUUCUAUUAUGAGAAACGUGGCCCAUCUAUGUAGUCGUCAAAGAUCUCAAGUUUGGGGACCUGAUGGUUGGAAGAAAAUAUCUGUCAUUUUGGUUAGUGAUGGUAGAACUAAAGUUAAUCAAGGUGCAUUAGAUUAUUUAGCCGCUUUGGGUGUUUACCAAGAAGAUAUGGCCAAGGAAUCUGUUAACGGUGAUGCUGUGAAGGCUCAUAUCUUUGAAUUGACCACACAAGUUUCUAUCGAUUCCAACUUGGACUAUGUGUCUAAGGAUAUUGUUCCUGUUCAAAUGGUCUUCUGCCUCAAGGAGGAAAACAAGAAAAAGAUCAAUUCUCAUCGUUGGUUAUUUAGUGCAUUCUGUCCCGUAUUACAACCAAGUGUGGUCACUCUGAUUGAUGUGGGAACCCGUUUAAAUGAUACCGCCAUCUAUCACUUAUGGAAAGUGUUUGAUAUGGACUCCAAUGUAGCCGGUGCUGCAGGACAAAUUAAAACGAUGAAAGGUAAAUAUGGGUUAAAACUUUUCAACCCACUAGUGUCUUCACAAAAUUUUGAAUACAAAGUUUCCAAUAUCCUGGAUAAACCACUGGAAAGUGUAUUUGGUUAUAUUGCCGUGUUGCCAGGUGCACUUUCAUCAUAUAGGUACCGUGCAUUAGAAAACCAUGAAGAUGGAACUGGUCCUUUGAAUUCAUAUUUCUUGGGUGAAACUCAAGAAGGUAGGGAUCAGGAUGUUUUUACUGCAAACAUGUACUUGGCUGAAGAUAGAAUUUUAUGUUGGGAAUUGGUUGCUAAGAGGAACUCUAAAUGGGUUCUGAAAUACGUGAAAGAAGCUCAAGGUGAAACCGAUGUUCCAGAAGAAAUACCCGAAUUUAUCUCUCAAAGAAGACGUUGGUUAAAUGGUGCCAUGUUUGCAGCUCUUUAUUCACAAUUGCAUUUCCAUCAAAUUUGGAGAACGAAACAUUCGUUCCUCCGUAAACUUUUCCUCCAUAUUGAAUUCUUCUACCAAUUUGUCCAGAUGCUUUUCUCAUGGUUUGCCAUUGCAAAUUUCGUUCUAACUUUUUACUAUUUGGCUGGUUCCAUGAAUAAUAUCCUCAAGCAUGGUAAUGCGCUAUUCAUUUUUUUCAAAUAUCUGAUUUAUUGUGAUUUAGCAAGUCUUUUCAUCAUAUCCAUGGGUAAUCGACCACACGGUGCUAAACAUCUUUUCAUCCUUUCUAUGAUUAUUUUGACGAUAUGUGCCCUUUAUGCUUUAAUUUGUGGGUUUGUCUUUGCCAUUAGAACCUUGAAAGAAAAGGAUAACUCAAACAAUGUGUUUGUGAAUGUGGUCGUUUCGCUGCUGUCCACCUACGGUCUUUAUGUUAUAAGUGCUUUCCUAUACUUGGAUCCAUGGCAUAUCUUCACUUCUUCGUUACAAUAUUUUGUAACUUUACCCGCUUUCACUUGUACUUUACAAAUCUUCUCAUUCUGUAACACUCACGACGUGUCAUGGGGUACUAAGGGCUCUAGUAGCAACAAUAAACCGCUAUCUAAAGCCAUUGUCAUGCAAGGUCCUGAUGGUAAACAAAUUGUGGAAACCGAUUGGCCUCAGGAAGUGGAUAAGAAAUUUAUUGAAAUUAAGAGUCGUUUGAAGGAAGUCGAAUUCGAAGAGCCAGUCAUUGAUGAGGCUCAAAAGCGUAACGAUUACUACAGAGACAUUAGAACAAGAAUUGUCAUGGCUUGGAUGUUAUCUAACCUAAUCUUCGUCAUGACAAUUACUCAAAUCUACAGCGCUGAACACACAAACAACGGUUACCUAGUCUUUAUUUUAUGGUCCGUUGCAGCACUGGCUGCCUUUAGGGCACUAGGUUCGUUUGGCUUUUUGUUCAUGAAAUACUUGCGUAUGAUCGUCAAGUACAAGCACAAAGCUCAAAGUACAGGAUCUUGGAACGUUCGUAAGGCCGACGUUGACAACAAGAGUUGA